AUGGGGCUGCGUUCGCCAUGGACGACGCUGCUCAUUGCACUGGGCAUGCUCAUGUGCCUUGUGAUGCCUGGAGCAUCUGUCAAGGAACACGACUUCAAGAAAUGCGACCAAUCGGGCUUCUGCAAACGUAACCGAGCCUAUGCCGACAAAGCCACCGCCGAAAGCUCACGAUGGCAAUCGCCGUACAACAUCCAGCCCGCUUCCGUAUCAUUCAAAGAUGGCCAACUCCAUGCUGUUAUCCAAAAGACUACCAAUGCCAAAGGCGACACGGUUAACCUGCCGAUCACCGUCUCAUUCCUCAAAUCUGGCAAUGCCCGCGUAACGGUCGACGAAGAGCGACGACAGAAGCAAGACAUUGAGCUGCGUCACGACAGCAAAAUUCGAAAGGAGAGAUACAACGAGGCCGACAAAUGGGUUCUUGUCGGUGGUCUUGACCUCGAUAAAGAUGCCAGGGUGUCUCACCAGGACGAGACCCAGACCAAUGUCCAGUACGGCAAGGAGGGCAACCUGGAAGCAGCCAUCAAGUACUCGCCCCUUGAGAUUGAUUUCCGACGCGAUGGCGCAUCCCACAUUCGAUUCAACGAUCGCGGAUUUCUCAACAUGGAGCACUGGCGUCCCAAGAUUGACAAGGAAGAGGGCCAGGAGGAGAAGGAUGGCGAGGACGAAUCGACGUGGUGGGACGAGACCUUUGGAGGCAACACCGACUCCAAGCCCCGCGGACCGGAAAGUAUUGCUCUCGACAUUUCGUUUCUCGGAUAUGAGCACGUCUUUGGCAUUCCUGAGCACACUGGAUCUCUUUCGUUGAAGCAGACCCGCGGCGGAGGCGACAAUCACAACGAACCAUACCGAAUGUACAACUCUGACGUGUUCGAGUACGUCUUGGACAGCCCCAUGACUCUGUACGGAUCCAUUCCGUUCAUGCAAGCCCACAAGAAGGAUUCCACUGUUGGCGUUUUUUGGCUGAACGCUGCCGAGACCUGGGUUGACAUUGUCAAGUCCAAGGCUGCGAGCAACCCUCUGACCCUCGGAAAGGCUGAGAAAACGAACACGGAGACACACUGGAUCUCCGAGAGUGGUCUGCUCGACGUCUUUGUGUUCCUUGGCCCAACCCCUCAGGAUCUUACCCGAACCUACGGCGAGCUGACUGGCUAUUCCGCGAUGCCUCAGGAGUUUGCCAUUGGCUACCACCAGUGCCGAUGGAACUACAUUUCUGACGAUGAUGUCAAGGACGUUGAUCGCAAGAUGGACAAGUUCAAGAUCCCCUACGACGUCAUCUGGCUGGAUAUUGAGUAUCUCGAUGACAGAAAGUACUUUACCUGGGAUCCUCACUCGUUCACGGACCCCACUGGCAUGGGCAAGCAGCUGGAGGAUCACUCUAGACAGUUGGUCAUCAUUAUCGAUCCGCAUAUUAAGAAGCUGGAUGGAUAUCCCAUCUACGACCAGCUCAGUUCCCAGGAUCUGGCCGUCUACGACAAGGAGGGCAAGGUCUACGAGGGAUGGUGCUGGCCUGGAUCUUCCAACUGGAUCGACUGCUUUAACCCCAAGGCUAUUGAGUGGUGGAAGACGCUGUACAAGUAUGACAAGUUUGCGGGCACUGCGGAAAACACGUUCAUCUGGAACGACAUGAACGAGCCGUCUGUUUUCAACGGCCCGGAAACGACCAUGCCCAAAGACAACAUCCACUUCGGCCAGUGGGAGCACCGUGAUAUUCACAACAUCAACGGCCUUACCUUCCACAAUGCGACAUUUGAGGCUCUCAAGACACGCAAGAAGGGUGAACUGCGCCGACCAUUUGUGCUGACACGUUCGUUCUACUCUGGCUCGCAGCGUCUCGGCGCUAUGUGGACUGGCGACAAUCAAGCUACGUGGGAGCACCUUGCUGCUUCGAUUCCCAUGGUCCUGAAUCAAGGUAUCUCUGGAUUCCCUUUUGCUGGAGCUGAUGUGGGCGGCUUCUUUGGCAACCCUUCGAAGGAUCUGAUGGCCCGCUGGUACCAGGCUGGUGCCUUUUACCCGUUCUACCGCGGACACGCUCACAUUGACUCUCGCCGCCGUGAGCCAUACCUGCUCGGCGAACCCUACACUGGUAUCUUGACGCAGGCACUGCGAUUGCGAUAUGCCCUCCUCCCUUCGUGGUACACUGCCUUUUUCCAGGCCAACCGCGACGGUAGCCCUAUUGUCCGCCCCAUGUACUGGACUCAUCCUUCAGAAGAGGCCGGAUUUGCUAUUGACGACCAGCUGUUUGUUGGCUCGACUGGCAUUCUCGCCAAGCCUAUCGUGGAAGAAAACAAGUUCUCGACUGACAUGUGGAUCCCGGACGAUGAAGUUUACUAUGACUACACCACCUACAAUGUGGUCAGCACGCAAAAGAGCAAGCGGGUUACAAUUGCCGCUGCCAUUGACCAGAUUCCCAUGCUGAUGCGUGGUGGCCACGUUUUUGCGCGCCGCGAUAUUCCACGACGAUCCGCUCUGGCGAUGAAGUACGACGACUACACGCUAGUCGUUUCUGUGUCCAAGGAUGGUGUCGCUGCGGGUGAGCUGUAUACUGACGACGGCGACACGUUUGAGCACGAGAAGGGGCAGUACAUCUACCGCAAGUUUAGCCUCACCGAGGAUAGCAUGAGCUCAGUAGAUGCCGAGGGCCGAAAUGCCAAGUCUGUCAAGGCAGGCGCGUGGCUCAAGGCACAGAACCGUGUGCACGUCGACAAGAUUAUUGUUGUUGGUGCGACGGAGGCAUGGAACAAGAAGGAGGUUGAGAUUGACUCGGAAGGCAAGACUUGGGCGGUGCAGGUGGACUACCACGCGGCGGCCAAGGGCCAGGCCGCGUACGCGGUCGUGGGUCGUGUUGGAGCCAAGAUUGGCAGCGACUGGAGCAUUAAGCUGGCUUGA